AUGGAAGCGAACAAAGCCAAGGAUGAUGUUAAUUCGUCAUCCUCAGAAGAAGAGGAAAUACCCAUGGCUGCAAAGAGAGAGGGCAAGAUCAAGAUCCUCGAUCCCCACAAACAGACAGCAAAGAAGACCGGACCUCCUGCUACUCCAAGAGAGCUACGUUUAAUCAAGACCAGCCACAAGUAUUUGAAGCGGCUGGAGGAGUCAAACGUAGCUCUCGAGGAACUAAAGCAGCAGAUCACAAAGCAGGCGGAGGAACUACAACAGAAGAAUGAGUUCAUAACAUUACUCAAGACCAAGCUCGACUACAAAGAUGAAGAGAUCUCUGAUCUCAGAUCUCGAGUUGAUCAGUUGGGAAGGCAGUCUGAUAUGUGGCACGAACGCUUCAUUACUGCAAACUCAUCAUACAAAGAAUUGAAGCACGCAGUCUGGCGCCUUGGUAACUUCUAA